AUGGCCAUCACCCACAUCCCGCCCCGCGGUGACGUCGUCACCGACCUCAACUUCUACUCCCCGCCCGCCGACGGCUCCGCUCCUUGGAACCUAGCCGGUGAUGUUCCCCCGGGUGUGACCCCGCGUAACUACGGUCAAGAGGCCCAUCAGGUCGUGAUUCACGAUGCCCGCGGCCAAGAGAAGAAUUUCACGCUCGACCACGACGCCUUCCAGAUCCUGACCAACCAACCGCCCUCCGCAGAGAAGGACUUUACGGACGACGAGUCGAUCAAAAAGAACUACUACCCGGAGGUGGAGAAAUUGCUGCUAGAUGCCGUGCCCGGCGCGAACAAGGUUAUCAUCUUUGACCACACCAUCCGCCGCCCCAAUAGCACCCGCGGCCCCGUGCCACGCGUACACAUCGACCAAACAGCACACUCCACCGCCAAUCGUGUCCGUCGACAUGCCGCCUCUGAGUCUGAAGCCGAGGACCUGCUCUCAAACUCGCGCUACCGCAUCAUCAACGUCUGGCGUCCCCUCAACGCUUCGCCCAUUGAAUCCUCCCCGCUGGCCUAUGCCUCGUCAGCCACGCUACUCGACACCGACGUCAUCCCCGUCGAGCACCGUUACCCAGCUAGUGCAGGUGGGUAUGUGGGCCAGACGGCGGCGAUCCGGCAUAAUGAAGGGCAGAAGUGGUAUUACUUGAGUGGGAUGACUGGGGCGGAGCGGAUUUUGCUGGAGUGCUUUGACAGUGACUCGUUGAAGGAGGACAACGUCAAGGUGAAGGGGGGACGGGUGCCGCACACGGCGUUUGAAGACCCGAGGACGAGGGAGGGAGCAGAGCCGAGGGAGAGUAUUGAGGUGCGGGCAUUGGUUUUUGGGGCGUAG